GAGAGGGUCGGUCAUGCGCUCGGGCCGGCGGUCAGCGCGAGCCGAGCCGCUCGGCUCGCGCUGACCGCCCUCCAUUUCGAGCUCGCAGCCGGUCUCCUGACCCGUUCCCCAAUCCCAACCCAAUCUAGACGAAGAAACGAAACCAGGCGAAUUCGCUGCCGCGGCAGGUAGAAGCCCGCAAACAAAGUCACGCGGCUGCUUUCGGGGCGCGGCCGUGCCCGCUUUUCUCCUCCUCGACGCCGGGGCGGUAGUGGUAGGUGAGAGCUGUGCCCGCGUGCCGCCGUGCCGUGGGAGCCGGAGAGCCGGAGAUGCACAGAUCGGGGACGGCGAUGGCGUGGAACGUGUUCAAGUUCUGCACGGCGUUGCGGGGGUUGGGCUCCAUCAUGAUCCUCCUCGUCCUCGGCAUCGUCGGCGUCACCUACUACGCGCUCGUCCUCUGCAACUACGGGCCAGCGCUGCUCGCUGCCACAGGGGCGCUUGACGCCCUCGUCGCGCUCGCCGUCCUCCUCCUCUUCCACUUCUUGCUUGUCAUGCUUCUCUGGAGCUAUUUCUCUGUUGUGUUUACUGACCCUGGUGGUGUUCCACCAAAUUGGAGGCCAGAUGUUGACGAAGAGAGGGCCGAAACUGCACCAUUGUCCACCACAGAGCUCAGUGAUACAGGGAGUCCAAGGAUCAGGUACUGCAGGAAGUGUAACCAGCUAAAGCCACCUCGGUGCCAUCACUGUUCUGUUUGUGGAAGAUGUGUGCUUAAGAUGGAUCAUCAUUGUGUAUGGGUUGUGAAUUGUGUUGGGGCACUGAACUACAAGUUCUUCCUUCUGUUCCUGUUCUACACUUUUCUGGAGACGGCACUUGUUACCCUGUCCUUAUUGCCCCACUUUAUUGCUUUCUUCAGUGAUGUUGAGAUUCCAGGAACUCCUGGAGCACUUGCAACCACAUUCCUGACCUUUGUUCUGAAUCUGGCCUUUACUUUGAGUGUCCUUGGUUUUAUGAUCAUGCAUGUAUCACUUGUUUCUGGUAACACAACAACAAUUGAGGCAUAUGAGAAAAAAACUACUCCAUUCUGGAAGUAUGAUCUUGGCCGGAAGAGGAAUUUUGCUCAGGUUUUUGGAAACAACAAGUGGUAUUGGUUCAUUCCAUCAUACUCAGAGGAGGACUUAAGAAUAAUACCAGCUCUACAGGGCCUGGAUUAUCCUGUCAGAUCAGAUUUUGAUGGGCAAGGGUUCUAAUUAGAUGAGUUCGAUGUGCCCAGUUGCCCUCUGUAUAACAUGUUUGAUGUUACAGCCAUGCCUUCAUUACCGGACAGUGUCUCGUGAUGGUCGGUCUUGUACAACAUCCUUCACAACUAACAUCAGUAUGGCUGAUCUACACAGUGCGAUGAAUGUAGAGGUAUAUAUACGGGGGCAUGCGAAUUCAUUUCUGAUGCCUAGUAAUGGAAGAACACGCGGGACUCCCCUGUACUUGUCACAGGAGUGAUCUGUUGUACAUUUGUUUUAUGAAUCUGAAAGAAGCUUGGAAGUUUUUGUGCUAGAUGUAUCAAGUAACAGAUGCACAAAUUAUUCAAGUUAUAUUCUAUGAACACUUGGUA